CGCGCUGAUCCGUUAAUCUCGCAGAUAACGUUCCUGCCUUUUUGUGACAACACGAUCGCCAAUUUCUGUCAUUGAAUUGUUAAUCUCGUCAAAAAUGAUUUCGAGUUUUGCGAACGUCGUUGUAAAGUGUGUCUCGUCGGCUUAGGUAGAUGUGUGCGAUUAGCUCGAACAGCAUGCAACGAACCAGACAGCAAAUACAAAAAUCGAUCGUUAUUAUUGCCGAUCCGCGAUCGGCAUGUCGGCGGGAUAUAUGGUGUUCAUCGGUUGAGAGCGAACGCAUUGCGCAACCGACACCGCUGAAGGAAGGGUUUUGGUAGCUCUCGAAGCGACGUCCAAAGGUGCGCCCACAUACACUCUUCCAUUCCGGAUAUAAACGCGGCUUCCAGUUUUGCGGGCACCUGACAGAGCCAUCCGUUCUUUUCAUUAUCGACGAAGCGAUUCACGAUGGCGACGCAGCGCCUAGAUCGACAAAAAGGCUACUGACGAAUUGAAGAUAUCGAGUUGCGGUUGAUAAGCAUCGGUGAGAGCUCGUCACAUUGAUACGACAACGACGACUAUCAUCGGGCUCAAGAAACUCGUAAAAACGAAGCCGCUCUUCGUGGGGAGAUACAUUAGUGCGAUUUUAGCGAGCGAAUCAGAUGCUGAUGACCUCACCGUCGAGAAACAUGUCGAGGAAGUGCGUCCACCCGUACGCCGUUUUAACAAAAGUAUGAUGAUCAGCUGAGCUGGGAAUCGUCUCACCCUCCAGACGUGUCUUGCCGCCAGCUAGAUCCAACCGAGUAAUUGACGUCGGCGGCAAUACGAGAAUGUCCAAGAAGCAAUGGCUGGUCCUGCUGAUGUUGUUUCUCACGUACUUGUUGUUCGGCGCUUCUAUCUUCUUUUACAUCGAGAGCGACUUGGAGCGUGACAAGAUAGAGAAAGCCAAGGACAAGCGCAGGGAGAUCCACGAAUUACUCCACCAGCACUACAUACCCACCACCAAUCACAACCAACACGAAAUCCUACAGAUACUCACCGAAUAUUGCGGCAAGUCCGUCUACAACGUCACCGACGACGAAGUCGAUCAUUACCAAUGGGACUUUUAUAAUAGUUUUUACUUCGCCUACACGGUUGUCAGCACUAUCGGAUACGGCAAUCUUGCUCCCACGAACACGCUCAGCCGCAUCCUGAUGAUCUUCUACGGCUUAAUCGGAAUCCCGAUGAACGGGAUUCUGUUGACGCAGCUGGGCGAAUUCUUCAGCCACGUGUUUAUCAAGGCUCACAAGAAGUACAAGUCCUACAAGAGCAGCCAGCCGUUACCCGAUUACUGCACCAAGAAACCAACGCCGUUUGAAACGCGCAAGGUUGAACUGGCCGCGCAGAUCCUCAUGUAUCUGAUACCGGGUUUCAUCAUGUUCAUUUUCUUUCCGGCGUUUCUAUUCAUGCACUACGAGCGCUGGAGCUACGACGAGUCCGUCUAUUACGCUUUCGUCACGCUCACAACCAUCGGUUUCGGCGAUUUCGUGGCAGGCCAAGAUAAUACAAAGGGAAGCGGUCCAUUCUUCAUCAUGUACAAAAUAUUUUUGAUCUGUUGGAUCUCCUUUGGACUGGGUUACAUUGUCAUGAUAAUGACGUUCAUCGCUCGCGGUAUGCGCAGCAAAAAGAUUGUGCAGCUCGAGCACAAACUGGCGUUGAAUCUCAAGCAGACGCAGAGCAAAAUUUGGAACGAGUUUAACAAAGAGGUCAACUACCUGCGUCGCGUUUUCAACGAGUUACAGCUCUCUAAGGUCAAAAGAGUAUAUGUUGACGAGUACGAUUACGAUGUUCCUGCGACGAAAUUCUCGCGCAGCAACAGUUUUCCGGAUUUGCGUAAGUUGGCGAUCGGUGGAUGUACGGACCACUUGACACCACAUCCACGACGACGCGCUAAUAGCGAGGUAGUACCAAUGGAGCAAUUGACGCGCGUGGUAUCCGAGACGGACCUUCAGAGAAUAGACAAAACCGCUACGUUCGCUGCACACGCUAUAGUGCAGCCGGCAGAACUUUUAGCGCGCUUGGUCAACAUUCUCGGUUACAUACCUCCGCGGGAUGAGUUCGAAUGGGAUCAGAACGACGAACAGUCGAAACAAAUGGAUGCUCAGACCGACUUGACGGGAAAAUCAAUGGAUCAACAAAGUCUGCCCAACAGCACUACUCAAUGGACAAUCGGUGGCGAGAGAUUCCCGUUCGCCAGACCUCGAUCGAGAGCAGCCAGCGAGAUGCGAUUGCACGCUACAAACGACGAGUACGUUAAUCCGAGCACCGAAUGGACUUGGUCCGGUCCGGUGGCGCCGAACAAGAUGCAGGAAAUGAUGAAUGCACGCGACACUCUGCCUUCGAAAGACGGCAGCAGCAAACCGUACAGGAAGUUCCCGUCGCUCGCGUUGCCGAUCACCGCGCCCAAAAACUUCUUUCCCAAAUGGACAAAGCAAUUCAUGGGCAAGAGAUCGUCGGAUGCUGGUUUUACUACGAAGAACGUCGAUAAAGUCGAGACAGCGGACGACAGCGGUCAACAAAACAACUCACUUGGUCCGCCACCGUUGUAUCUGGACGACAGACACGACUCGAUCACGAGGAGGCCGUAUUACACGCAUACCGGCGCCAAUCUGUCGACUUAUCUGGAAGGUAACAAUUUGCUGGAAGAAACAAGCCUGGCGGAUUUCCUCAAAGCGUUGACCGCUCUUCACGCAAGGGUGGGAACGGGAGUUCCUGAAGAAUACAUCGCCAAGCCGAAAAGAAAACUAGGAACGGCCUGUCUGACUCCGCCAAAGUUGCCCAGUUUGUUCACCCUGUUCUCGCAAAACCCGUCUGGUUCGGCGACUCAGAGCAAUCAGAAUACCGUCACGGACACGCAAUCGUAUCAGUCCAGCAGAAGGAUGUCUUAUAAGACUGCGGAAAGUACUUCCGGCUGCACCACGCCUACACCCUACAUCAAGAGGGACAGCCUUGCCGUGAGACCUCGAAGAUUUUCCUUGAGGCCGGUUCCAACCCCAAUCGGUCCUUCCACGCCGACCGAUUAUGGCUCGCCACGAUUGUCGUUACGAUCAUCUCCAAAGAUAGACAAUAGAGACCUGCAAGAGCUCUCGACGGAUCCCUUCAUUUUCGUAUCGCCGAAGAAAUCGCUCGUGAAUAUGGAAGGACCGCUAGGACUUUCGUCGCCGAUCAAACAGCCAUCCAAUGGCCAACGGUUUUCCAUAAGACCCGCGCAGCUCAGUGCUCAAUCAAGUCCUACUGACAACGUACCUUUAUCUACGCCAUUACAGACGUUAAAACCACUGCCGAAAUGGAAAGCGAGUGCGUUGCAGCGGCAAAUCAGUCAGAUAAAUCUACGUCGUCGCACCAGAGCGUUCAGUCUCAGCGACGUGCGUUCUGAUAAACGUGAAAGGAGCCCCACUCCUCUAAGUCCUCUCGCGAUUGACAGCAACAAACCUAUCGACGUUAGCAAGACGAAUCAGAAAACGGUGACCAUCAUGUCACCGGCAGAGGAGAUGGCCUUGAGGAAUGAACAAAGUUCCGCGACAGCUUCCCCGAACUUCCGAAACGAUCAGACUUCGCAGCGGGAAAAUCAACAGGAAAGCGUAACUGUGCCGAUUAAGUCCUGCAUUCUCCAAAUUCCCGGCGCCCCGCCCGCGGCGGUGAAUACAUCAACAAUUUCAAGUAUAGCGAGCGGAAUGUAUCCUCAAGGCAAUAAAACUUCCAUGCCGGUUUACGAACCAGUUUACAAACCAGUAUCGUGUGAAGAAAAAACAUUCGAGCAGAAACUGAUAAACUUUAACGACGCAUUAGAUAAAAUGGUUCAAGAAACGAAUUUUGAUGUCAAUGAGACCCCGCUUAAAACGGAGAACCAAGAAAUGAAAUCCUUGAGUAGCGAAAAUUAUUCAAGAUUGAGAAGCGAAAAGCUCAGUGUGCCUAUAGACUCGUAUAAACCACUGCUGCAAGUGAUGAUAGAAAAGCCGACGGUCAAUCCUUUUGAGCAGUACAGAGCUAUGACGAAGUCUAGUCGAGACGAUAACAUCGUCGACUUGAAAGAAGUCAAAGUUGAAAAAUCACCUAAAACAUAAUGACAUCAUUUAUAUUGGUCUUGGCAAUGUGUCUAUUUUUCUUCCUGAAUUUCGGGACAAACAUUUAUAUAACAAAAGAGUUGUGUAAAUCUCUCUUGCCUGUUUGAAACGCGAUUUUCGUCGUUGUUUUAUCCGUAAACAAUCGUAUGAUAUUAAUUUUACUCUGUGCCGAUUUUGAAAUGCUAUAUUAUAGGACUUAAAAAAUUUGCUCUUCGAGAAAAUACGUAUUUUAAUAAUUAUAGAUAGGACAAAUAAUAAUUUUAUACCGUAAUUUAAUAACGAUGAACUUUUAUAAAAAGUUUUGAACAAUGAGUUUUUAAGAAAGUGAACUUUAGUGAUAUGUUUAGACGUAAUUUAAUUUGCCAAACUAGUCGAAUCCGCAGGUAGGUACUUCACAUAAAAUAAAUAAUCGGCAAAUGAUAAUUAUUAAGUAUGUAUAAAUUACAAGAUAUGUAAAGUAUUUAAAUCGAUAAGAAAAUCAAAAAGACUGUGAUAUAAAGAUGUUUAUUCUCAAUGAUUAUUCCUUACUUAAAAGAUUAAGUAAAUUAAAAUUUAGAUAAAAAUAUUAUAUACGUAAAUAAAUUAUUGAAAAAAUACCGUGAUAAAAAAAUAUCAUCACAUUUUUCUUUAUAAAAUCUGAAAUCUAAAUUACUCCUUUCUUAAUUUGAGGACGUUAUUACACAGACUUCUAUAUAAUUUAGACCGUAAACAUGCUAUAGUUUCAUAUGUUGAAGAGAUUGGAUGAAGAAGAUGGCUAAAGAGUAUUUAUAAAUACAGCGGAAUAACAGUGCGACAAUAAAAAUCCGUAAAAAGAAAAAACAUUUAAAUAAAAGCUGAUUGAUAAUUAUAAAAAAAUGCCAAACGCAGCUAUAGAAGUCUGUAGUUGUUACAUUACAUCGAAUAAAAAUGAAAGUUGCAUAAUUCAUGCGUUAACAUUUCAUAUCGCGGUUCAAGUCCUAACCGCGACCUGCAUAUUUAUAUCACUCACGCGCGUGAUCACACUUAUCUCAUGUUAAAUCUUAAUAGUUAAUAUUUUUUUCGGAUAUGAUCAAGGGAACAAGCUGUGCGAGACGUCAAUUUUACUGACAAGUUCUUGUAAAAUAAGUUAUAAAGAUGUAUUUUUGGUUUCCUGAGCGGUUUGCUCGAAGCUGUGUGUGUAUACAUGUGUGUGUUAUUACUAUAAAUAAAAUCCAAACAAAAAGUUAAAAGCUUACUCACGUGGAAACAAAUCCACGUGACAAAGAAUACAAAGUAACUAUCACUUCUUCAACAAUAAGUAUAUUUACUUAUUGUGCUUCGGCAAUUUAAGUCCGCAAGUGACACGGAGCUUACUUGCUCAUCGGUAACACAAUUCAUCGUAGAAAUAAUAAAGAAACCUCGCGCCGUGAA